AUGGGGGAAGGAAUGAUUUAUAGAGAGUUGUCUAACCGGCUUGCAGAAUUUGAAGAAGCCCUAGGUGCAUUAAGGGUCAAUUACAAAUCUUCAUUGGUUAAGAGGAGAGAGUUGGCUGAAUUAUUGUUUGAACUUAGUGAAAACAGUUCAUCUGAGGAAGCAAACAUUGAUGCAUUGGCUAAUGAGGUGGAAAAAAUGAAUGAUGAGAAGUCAAAUCUAAGGAGAGAGUUGGAAGCCAGGAGGACUGUUGAAGACAAAAUUAGAGAGAAGGAGCAUGAGAUCUUUAAGCUGAAACAAGAGGUUGGAACCCUGACUGCAUACCUUCAAGAGGAAAAAGAAGAAAAAGAAGAACUAAAGGCUAAUCUAGACAUGGCUAUAACAAAGAAGAGUUUAACUAGACUUCUCAUCGGUGAGUCUCAGUCUAUCCAAGAUGAGACUGAAGAAAUCCUAAAGAAUUUUUUAGGAUUGGGGCCUGAAGAAGAGGAACCAGUGAGAAUCAAGGGAGAAGAUCUCCCUGAUACUUUGAAAAUUGAUGAUAUCAUAACGGAUGAAAUAGUGUUUGAUGAUUCACAAGUUGAUACACACACUAAGAAAGAAAUAAUCAUUAUCAUUGAUAAAGAGACAGUGUUACCGGAAGACAUCUCCAUCAGUAAGGAUAAAGAUAAUGGUAAAGAAGAGAAAGACAAAGAUGUAGAAGAGAUUAAGACUAAAGAAAAUGUACAAAUAGAUGAUGUACAAAUUGUUGAUCCCCCGGAGAAGGAAGAGAUGCAAAAAAAUAUUGAUGUUGAGCAAUCUACAGGGCAACCGGUGAAUACAGAAGAAAUAUAG